AUGCGAGCUCCAGGUUUCCCCGGCGAGAACGCGCCAUACGAAGGUCCAGGUUUCCCCGGCGGGAACGCGCCAUGCGAAGGUCCAGGUUUCCCCAGCGAGAACGCGCCAUGCGAAGGUCCAGGUUUCCCCGGCGAGUAUGCGCCAUGCGAAGGUCCAGGUUUCCCCAGCGAGUACACACCAUGCAAAGCUCCAGGUUUCCGUGGCGAGUACGCACCAUGCAAAGCUCCAGGUUUCCCAGACAAGUACGUGCCAUGUGAAGCUCCAGUUUUCCCCGGCGAGUACGCACCAUGCGAAGCUCCAGGUUUCCCCGGCGAGUACGCGCCAUGCAACGCUCCAGGUUUCCCCAGCAAGUACGCACAAUGUGAAGCUCCAGGUUUCUCUGGCGAGUACGCGCCAUGCGAAGGUCCAAGUUUCCCUGGCGAGUACAUGCCAUGCGAAGCUCCCGGUUUUCCUGACAAGUAUGUGCCAUGCGAAGCUCCAGUUUUCCCCGGCGAGUACGCACCAUGUGAAGCUCCAGGUUUCCCCGGCGAGUACACGCCAUGCGAAGCUCCAGGUUUUCCCACUCCAGAUUUCCCUGGCAAGUAUGCGCCAGCUGGGGGACCUGGAGCUUUGCAUGGUGCGUACCCGCCGGGUAAACCUGGAGCUUUGCAUGGCGCAUACCCGCUGGGGAAACCUGGAGCUUUGCAUGGCGCAUACCUGCCGGGUAAACCUGGAGCUUUGCAUGGCAUGUACCCGCCAGGUAAACCUGGAGCUUUGCAUGGGGCGUACCUGCCGGGUAAACCUGGAGCUUUGCAUGGCCCGCACCCACCAGGGAAACCUGGAGCUUUGCAUGGCGCGGUCCCGCUGGGUAAACCUGGAGCUUUGCAUGGCCCGCACCCACCAGGGAAACCUGGAGCUUUGCAUGGCGCGGACCCGCUGGGUAAACCUGGAGCUUUGCAUGGUGCGUACCCAUCGGGUAAACCCCGAGCUUUGUAUGGCAUAUUCCUGCCAGGGAAACUUGGACCUCCACCAAACCCAUACCUGCCACUUCAACCUGGACCUCCAUUGGGCCAGUACGCGCUACUGCAAGCUGGACCUCCACUGGUCCAGUACACGCCGCCGCAACUUGGACCUUCACUAUGCCAGUACGCGCCGCCACAAGCUGGUCCUCUAUAA